CGCGAAGCAAUUAGUGCUGCCAUCUCUUCCGUUUUGCAUUGCGUGUUCAACUUCAUGUUAAUUUUCCACGUGUGAAAAAGUUUCGCCGUGGAAAGGCGUCGUUUUAGGUAAAAAUAAAACUUGUAUAUUACGUAUAUAAAGUUUGGUUAUAAAUAUGUUGGUUCUUUUUGAAACCCCUGCUGGGUAUGCCCUUUUUAAGCUUUUGGAUGAAAAUAAGUUAAAAGAAACUGAUAAUUUGUAUCUCUCUUUCGAAUCACCAGAAUCUGCGGGAAAAAUUAUUAAGCUUAAACAUUUUGAAAAGUUUGCUGAUACUACUGAGGCUUUAGCUGCCACAACAGCAGCAGUUGAAGGAAAGGUUUCAAAAAGCUUAAAGAAAGUCAUUAAAAAGUUUGUUGACGAAAAAGAACAGCUACUUGUUGCUGACACCAAACUUGGGUCAGCUAUAAAGGAAAAAUUCAGUUUGCAAUGUUUAUCAAACACAUCUGUUCAAGAAUUGAUGAGAUGCAUUCGUUCACAAUUGGACAGUUUAUUAUCGGGUUUACCUAAAAAAGAAAUGACUGCUAUGGCUUUAGGUCUAGCUCAUUCACUUUCUAGGUAUAAACUCAAGUUUUCACCUGAUAAAGUUGAUACCAUGAUAGUUCAAGCAGUUUCCUUGUUGGAUGAUUUAGAUAAAGAAUUAAAUAAUUACAUCAUGAGAUGUAGAGAAUGGUAUGGCUGGCAUUUUCCAGAAUUAGGAAAGAUCAUUACCGAUAAUGUUGCAUUUGCAAAAACUGUUAAGAUAAUUGGAACCAGAGAAAAUACAUCAAGCUCAGAUUUGUCUGAUAUCUUACCAGAAGAUGUUGAAGAAAAAGUGAAAGAAGCCGCUGAAAUAUCUAUGGGAACUGAAAUUUCCCAUGAAGAUAUUGUCAACAUUCAAAAUUUGUGUGAUCAAGUUAUUGACAUUACAAACUAUCGUACCCAGUUGUAUGAUUACCUUAAAGCUAGAAUGAUGGCAAUGGCUCCAAAUCUAACAGUUCUGGUGGGUGAUUUAGUAGGUGCAAGAUUAAUAUCACAUGCUGGUUCAUUGAUAAAUUUGGCAAAGCAUCCAGCUUCUACUGUUCAAAUAUUGGGUGCAGAAAAAGCUUUGUUUAGAGCAUUAAAAACUAAAAAAGACACUCCCAAAUAUGGUCUUAUUUAUCACUCUCAAUUAGUUGGACAGAGUAGUACAAAGAAUAAGGGAAAGAUGUCCCGGAUGUUGGCUGCUAAAGCCUCACUGGCUACUCGUGUAGAUGCAUUAGGUGAAGAUGGAAGCUUUACUUUGGGAGCAGAACACAAAGCUAAACUGGAGGCGCGUUUAAGAAUUUUGGAAGAAGGAAAUAUUAAGAGAAUAAGUGGAACAGGAAAAGCCAAGGCCAAGUUUGAAAAAUACCAUGGAGUUAGUGAAGUUAAACAAUAUCCAGAUGCAGCAGAUUCCACCUUGCCUUCCAGUAGUAAGAGGAAGAGAACUGAAUCUGAGUUGAAACAAGAAGUUAAAACAGAAGAAGUUGAAACUCCAAAAACCAAGAAAAAACAAAAGAAAGAAAAGGAAGAAAUAAAGGAGGAAAUUAAAGAAGAGUCUGUGGAUGCUGAACCAUCUUCGUCCAAGAAAAAGAAGAAGAAGAAGGCCAAACAAGAAGAGCUGGAAGAAGAGGAAAUCAAAGAAGAACCAACAUCUGAGAAGAAGAAAAAAAAGAAGCAAAAAGUUGAAGCAGAUAAUAGUCAAGUUGGUGAUGAAACUUUAGAAGAUGAUUCAACUGAAAAGAAAAAGAAGAAGAAGAAAAAGAAGUCUGAAAGUGAAUCUGCAGAGUAAAGUUUUAACAUAACAUAAAAGCAGAAGAAAAUCAUUCAGGUUAUAUUCAGAUUUUCUAGAAUUUUUAUGGAGGAGAAUUUAUUAAAACAAAUUAAAUUCACUUUUAUUUGAUUAAAAUGAUUAUCAAACAUGGAUUUUAUAAUAUUUUGGUAAAUUUCUCCUCAUUUUUAUUAAAAUUUCUGGACUUAUUCUUUUACCUUGCAUUUCAUAAUAUUGUUAAUUCUUUCUAUAGGUAUAUAUUUCAGUAUAUUUUAAAUACUAGACUACAAGUAAUUAAAGCAACAAUCCUUUAUGCAGAGCUGAUAAUUUUAUCAGGUAAUGAGGUUAUAGAGAAAAUUUUAUUUUAUAAUUUUAACUUGUUAGUUUUUUCUUAAAAAAAACAUAGUAAAUAAGUAC